AUGGGAAGUGGUGGGGCAGUGAGCAGAGCCGGGUUCGUGCUGGCGGCGGCGGUACUCCUCGCCGCCUCGUGCUGCUGCAGCGCCGCCCGGGGGCCAUCCAAGCGUGGCAACCCCCCCACCUUCCCCGGGGACGGCGGCGGCGGCUUCCCUGGGGUGGGCUUCGGCAUCCCCGGUUGGGGAGGCGGCGGAGGGAACGGGUUUCCCCCGGGCUUCCCCGGCGGCGCCGCCGGCAGCGGGUGGGGGAACAUGGGCGGCGGAUGGGGAUCCGGAUACGGCGGCCCGGGCGGCGGUCACGCUAGAGGAGGCGUCGUGAGGCCCUCCGUCGUCUGCAAGGAGCGGGGGCGUUGCUACAAGAAGAAGCUCACCUGCCCAGCCAAGUGCUUCACCUCCUACAGCAGCUCGGGGAAGAACUACGGCAGCGGUGGCGGCGGCGGCGGCUGCACCCUGGACUGCAAGAAGUGCGUCGCCUACUGCUGA